AUGGAUGAUCUUCUUGAACUACUCGUCAAUUUGAUGAGUCCGGAUAACGGCUUGCGGACAAGGUCAGAGCUCCAGUUCAAACAUAUGAUUGAAUCUGAUCCUGACUCUUCACUAUACAAUCUUGCCCAAGUUGGAUUAAACCAUUCCGUCGAUGCGACUGUGAGAUUGGCUUCUAUUCUUCAUUUGAAAAGAUACACUCCCAAGUACUGGUCGGCGGCAUUUGAUAAAUAUGUUGGUCCUAAGACUACAAAUCAACAUGUGAAGCAGACUGUGAGAGAUGCCUUAUUCACGUUGUUGGCCGAUGAUAGUUCCAAAAUAAGAAGUGCCGCGGCCUAUGCUAUGGUUCAAAUUGCCGUAGUUGAUUACCCAGAUGAGUGGCCUGAUUUGCUGAACAAGUUGUAUGACUCUAUCAUCAAUAAACGGGAUAAUACGUCUGCCGUAUUAGGUUCACUCUCUGCUCUUCAUCAGUUGUUUGAUGAUCUCAUCACUGAUGAGCAGUUCUUCCAAGGAGGCCUAGCUGUUGAAAUGAUGAAAACCUGUGAAAUAAUGCUAACUUCUGAUGCUUAUACUAUCGAUGUUAAAGUAGCUACUUUACCGUUGGUUAAGUCUAUUAUAGAUAUGCUUGAGGAUUCCGCUUAUUAUGAGGACUCUCAAAGGAGAAAUUUUAUUAAUACCGUCAUUCCAAAGAUGCUAGAGCUGUUAUCGGGGUUAUCCCUGCAGAUAACAGCUUCUCCAACUAGUUUUCUCGGUAAUAUCAUGCUCUGGGAUUUUAAGAGCAAAUUGUAUGAAUGUCUCAACGCACUAGUGAACUCUUUCUCCAAAUUCCUCAAAAGUAAAGGGUCCUCUUUGAUUGAUGUUGUUACUGCCGAUCUUUCUAAAGAGCAGCCAUUAUACAACUCUUUAUGUUGCAAUAACCAAGUAUCUACCGAAUCGCUAGUGGAGUCAGCGUUCAGCGAUUUGGAGCUGUUCAGGCACACCGAAAAAGAAGGUGCUACACCUGUCGACAUUGUUGUGGCUACCAUUCGUUCACAAGUUGAGUUUUUACAAAGCCUUCUUGAAUUACAGCCCUUGGAAAGGUCUGAAAAGCUUUCUGUAUUGAUUGAUUUGUUCACGAAGCUCAACUUUUUGACUUCCGAUAAAGCUGCAGAUUACCAAAGCGAUUUCAAUGAAUUUGUCACGGAUGAAACUGACCUGUCCAUUGCUGCCACUGUCCGUAGCUCGUUGAUAGGCUUUUUCACAGAACUAAAUGGCCAAGACAACGCUUUGGCCAUUGAUAUACUGGUGAGACAGUUGACUUCUCACCCCAAUGAGCCGCAAGUCUUAGAAUCGUUGACUGUUCUUUUGACAUGCUCAUUUGAUAAUGAUACAGAAAUUGCUACUCAACCCUCUUUCUCUUUAAAGGAUCUUUUCGAUUUCAUCACCUCAUGCAUAGACGAUAUAUUCCAUCGUCCAGACAACUUUUCGGAAAUUCUCCUUGCCAAUUUUGUUAUUUUGUUACCGAAGUUUCUCAUGAAAUACUCCCAGAAUAAUGCCAACCUUAGAUCACUAGCAGUCCCAUCUUUGAAGAGAACAAUAUCUUAUCUUGAUAAUAUAGACGGCAAUUCCGAUGAUUACCAGCUUCUAAAGAGCGCUCUGGUGAUAUCUUUUCAAUAUUACAAUCAGUUUAUCAGAACCAAAGAGUUCGAUAACGAGAUUCAGUUCAAAAUGAUGGGUAUCAUCAAUCAACUCAAAGAUGACUCAGAGGAAGACACCAAUAUCAUGACGCUUGAAGCUUUCACCGUAUUGAUAUCCAUAGAUAAUAAGGCUCUGUCUUCGAGUGAUGAUGCAUUUCUACUAAUCCUUGCAAUUGGAUAUAAGGAUUGUUCGAAUUUCUCUUUGAACACACCUACUUUAGAGUGUAUUUCCGACCUUAUAAAGAAUCUACCUCUGGAGAAUUACAUGACCCUCAGCUCCAAAGUCUUAGUUCUCUUGAUCCCAAUUAUAUCCCAUUGUAGCGGGGAGUAUUCUGCCGAAGUGGACCUUACUUUGCAGAUUCUUGCUGAAUAUGUUAAGGGCCCCAACGAUGACUUCAAGCUGCCACAUGAUUUCUUUGAGUAUGUGUUUUCUCCAAUUUGCAAGUUCAUUUUGAGGAGUGAAGAUGAUCACCUUUUACAGAGUGCAUCUACUGCCUUUAAUGAGAUUGUUCGUCGCAGUUCUUGUGAAAUUGACCGGUAUGGGGAUGCUGAAAGCGGUGACACGGGCAAUGAGAUGCUCUUACGGAUUGUUGCCAAAUUUCUAAAACCGGGAGUGUCCGAUCAAGCAAUAGUUAACUUAGGCAGCUUGAUCGUGUUGAUAAUAGACAACUUUAGUGGCAGUGACUUGAUCAAGAGGUAUUUUUCUGAUAUGCUUCGUGGGGUCACAGUCAGAUUACUUAGCUCCAAAGAGGUGCCCACUAUCGAAAACAUGAUUCUCAUUUUCAAUAAGUUGAUGACAGCUAGUCCAAGCCAAACUUUGCAGUUCCUUAAGAGUUUCAACUUGGGAGGUCAUGACUUUUCUUCCGCCUUGGCAGAGAUUCUUCCAACAUGGUUCCAGGCUUUUGAAGUAAUGAGGGGUUACGAUAAGAUUCUCGAUAAUAUUCGGGCUUUUUCAGAGCUUUUGAAGUUGAAUGAUCCAAUCUUAGCAACCAUUCAAGUUAAAGGAGAUCUUUUGCCUAAUCAGAUACCGGAUGAUGUUAUACUGACCAGAUCCAUGACCAAAAACAUCGAGUUGAAGUAUCAAUCGAUUCCUGCUGAUGCCAAGGUGAUUCGAUUGUUAGUUAAGGAGUUGAGGUUUCAACUUCAAUCAAUUAGACAGGAAGACAACGAUGUCAUUGCAGGUGCGCAAACUUUGGUUCGAAAAGAAGUGGCUUCUGCUAAAGAAGACACCACCGAAGAAGAAGAAGAAGAAGAAGAGGAAAGUGAUUGGGAAGAUCUUGAUGAUGUCAAAGCUCCGUCUUUUAGCGAACUACAGCAAUACGUUGAAGGGGAAAACAUUGAUGAGGGAUACUUGAAGAGGUCGGGAAGGGCAAACAGCGACAUCAAAAACUACUUAGUUGAUUUCUUUAAGGAUUGCUUUGUUGGUAAGGUGACCAGAUUCCAAGAAAUAUAUACACACUACCUUCACGGCAAUGACAAGAAGCUCCUUACCGAGUCGCUAGUCUCCUCUUAG